AUGGACCACCUCCUGCUCCUGCUUCCCCUCUUGGGUCUGGCGAGUGGCAGCAUCCCCUUCGCGCAGAAAGGCUUCUGGGACUUCUCCAUGGACGAUGCCCAAGCCAUUCCCCCAGAGGAGGAAGAGGCCUCGGGGAUCUUCCCGACAUCGGGGGGCGCCGAGGCAGAGGAUGUCUACCCCUUCUACCCGGGCCUCUGUCCCUUUGGUUGCCAUUGCCAGCUAAGGGUGGUGCAGUGUUCCGACCUGGGACUCAAAGAAGUGCCGAAAGAAAUUUCGGCAGACACCAGUUUGCUGGACCUACAGAACAACCAGAUUACGGAGCUGCGGAAAGACGACUUCAAGGGGCUGCACCAACUAUAUGCCCUGGUCCUGGUGAACAAUAAGAUCACCAAGAUCCACCCCAAAGCCUUCAGCCCCCUGCACAAGCUCCAGAAGCUGUACAUCUCCAAGAACAACUUGGUGGAGAUCCCGCCGAACCUGCCCAGCUCCUUGGUCGAACUCCGCAUCCACGACAACAGGAUCAAGAAGAUCUCCAAGGACGUCUUCAACGGGCUCAACAGCAUGAAUUGCAUCGAGAUGGGUGGGAACCCCUUAGAGAACAGUGGAUUCGAGCCUGGAGCCUUUGACGGCUUGAAGCUGAACUACCUGCGAAUCUCAGAAGCGAAGCUCACGGGGGUACCAAAAGAUCUGCCCGAAACCCUGCAUGAGCUACAUCUGGACCACAACAAGAUCCAAGCCAUCGAACUAGAGGACCUGAUCCGCUACUCCAAACUGUACAGGUUGGGACUGGGACACAACAACAUCCGCAUGAUCGAGAACGGCAGCCUCUCCUUCCUGCCCAUCCUACGCGAGUUGCAUCUGGACCACAACAAGCUGUCCCGAGUCCCUUCCGGACUGCCUGACCUGAGGUUCCUACAGGUCGUGUACCUUCACUCCAACAACAUCACCAAGAUCGGCGUGAACGACUUCUGCCCCAUCGGCUUCGGUGUCAAGCGGGCCUCCUACCACGGCAUCAGCCUCUUCGGCAACCCCGUGCCUUACUGGGAAGUCCAACCCGCCACCUUCCGCUGCGCCACGGACCGUCUGGCCAUCCAGUUCGGAAACUACAAAAAAUAA